UAGAUUUAGUUAUCUGCUUAAUUUUUUAUUAAUUAAUUUAAAAAAAAUUACCUAAUAUUGGUAUUUACAAUAAUAUCUACAUAAAAUAUUUCACCGAUUGCGCAAUAUUAAUUUCCUCAUAAUAUUCUAUACAGAUAAAUAAACAUGCCGAGCGUGCAAGUUCUCCCGCCAAAACUUCAAAAACCCAUAGAAAACAUCAUACAAAAAGAAAACUUUACAACUUAUUCCAUAGACGUGAGGGAAAUCGAAGCAGAUGGCAGUUAUCUGGGUGUACUUCGGGAAAUUAACAUAAAGGGAGAAACCCCUGAUGGCCCUAGUAAAGAGCUCAAUUUGUUUACGAAAACAAUGAUCCAAGAUGGCGAUGUAAACAUAUACUCAAUGCCUUACGCCUAUAAAAACGAAACGUACAUGUAUACUGAGUUCCGUGACAUUGCUUAUGAGGUACAGGAUGAAUAUUCUCUACCUCAAGAAGAAAGAUUUAAAAUUGCCAAAAGCUACAACAGUACCGAUGACCAAAUAAUAAUUAUGGAGAAUUUGGCAUUACAGGGUUUUGCCAUGUAUCCGAGAAUGGAAGUGCUACCGCUGAAGUUUGCAGAGAUGGCAAUACAACAGCUCGCAAAGUACCAUAGCUUUGCUUUUAUAUUAAAGGAGAAGCGCCCUAAAUUCUUUGAAGAGAGAGUGAAGAAGAUGAAGCAGCCUUUCUUCUAUGGCCAGAAAGAUUUUAACGAUUUUACGAAGAAUUUUAGCCGCAUCAGUAUAAAUUGUCUGCAGCCAGAGUUGAAGGACAAGUUAGAGAAGUUUUUGGCAAGUUCUUAUGAUAAAUAUGCGAAGUAUACACAGGAUCCAGCGGAUACAUGGACUUUGGUGCAUGGCGACUACCGACAUAGCAACGUUAUGGCGAAAUUUGACAAUGGUGAAGCGUAUGAAGUGAUUCUCCUCGACUACCAGCACGCGUUCUACGGCUGCUCGAUAAUCGACUUUAUCUACUUCAUAAUAGCUGGCACCGACCAGGACUUCCGAAGGAACCACUUGGAGCACCUCAAAGAUGUGUACCACAACACCAUGGCGAAGUUCUUGAGCUAUUUUGGGAUUGAUAUUGAAAAACACUAUCCUAGAAAAGAAUUCGAGAGGCUUUUCAAGGAGAGGCUCGAUUAUGGCUUGAUGGUUGCCCUUUGGUUGCUGCCAGUGAUACUCGCUAACACAGGGGAGAUUCCUGACGUCACUAAGAUCGAUUUGAGCACCUGUGACUUCCAGCUGAGUGACCUGAUCAAGAAGAGGGUCAGAGGUGUUGUGGACGACUACGUGCAGUGGGGCUACAUCAAAUAACGCAACGGUAGAAAAAGUACCUAUUAUUGCAUGUUUUUUUCUAUUUAUUUUAUCUUUCAUACUCGUAAAAGUACAAAUCUAAUUUAAGUUAAUGUACGUAUUACUAAUCUUAACAUGAAAAUUAUUGUGUUCCGCCUAAUAUAAAAAAUACUUAUAAAGCCCCAGUCCUUAAUAUUUUUUGCAAUAUCACUUAAUAUUACUCCUUAAUAGUUGGUACCAUAGUAAGAAAAUAUUCGAGUGUACCUAAGUUGACAAAAAAAUUUAUGACUUCAAAAUAAAUAGGUA